AUGACCGCUUGGCCAGUUAUCGCGCCGCUAGGGGAGGGCGUGGGGCUCGAGGCGACUGCACUUGAUGAAGUCGUACUACCCGAAGUUGUAAUAACCGGAAGAGUACCUCCGGAAAGGGUUUCUCCAGGAAAGAUGCCUCCCGGAGCUGUACUCCGUGAAGAUGUCCCCCCUGGCGCCGAUAUUCCAGCUUGUGUUGAUACCAGGGGACUAAGAGAGCUGGUGGGCACUGUGACAGGCACCGUAGCAAAGGCAGAUGAAGCCGGAGAUUUCGGCCCUGAUGUUACCAUCUCAAUAGGCACCCUCUCCAAGAAGGUCGACAGUUGA